GCAAACCUUGAUGGGCAUCAUCUCAAUUGCGAUAUCAUCAGCGAACUCUCAUGUACGGAACUCGACGGUCACUUCAAAGACACACGGGCGAACCUUACUCCUUUGAUGAACCAGAUCUUCGCAGAGCUCGCCAAUCGGGACUGGAGUUGGGGCCCUCCCAAGGAAGAGCACAUCCUAUGGGACCUCGAAGUCAACAACGAGCUCGAAACGCUGGACGCCGUCGUCGCUAGAGUCACAGAGCACCUCGAGAAACGCCUCCUCCAGCAUACCACAUGCGAAGGCCUUCCCGACGAUGUCGCCGAUGCUGCCAUGAACCGUUUCAAGCUUCCCGAAAAAACUGACCGAGAGGAAGUGGAGAUACUCAUCCAUGCGCUGUAUACCAGCCGGUUUGAGACUGUGGAUGAAGAAGGCGCUUUCCACGAUGCUCCACUCGAUGACCUGCUCAAGGUGUUCGCCCUCGCGGAAAAGCUGCAGAUGGAAUCUGUCCUGUGCGGCAUUGUAGAUCUGCUGCAAAUGAAGUACCACGGGGCUAUGAACGGCAGCGGUGGUAUAGCUUGGACGAAAACUUUUGUUGCUGCACUGGAAGGGAAUGUCGUGGCGCUCGCGAUACUUGCAGACCUCGGAAUAUACUAAAGAACAAGACUAGCGGCCCUUCGGCGGGAUAGUAAUCCUAGAGUAGGCCGGCGAUGAAAGGGGAUUGGCGUGCUGGGAAAGCGCAGCAUCGGGAUAUAUAUAGGCAAAGGCUUUUUACACACAUCAAACAAGUUUUUUAAGCAUAGCGUGGUGUCACCAUUAGCCGGUAUCGCAAUAACGCAUUUCAGGGAUGGAUUUCUCAUUGCAAUAGACGCAUCCAAGACUCUUCCUGAAUUUCAUACACUCUCGUCU